CUUCCAGCUCCUGCCUCAGACAUAGUAGAAUAUGAGGAUCGAAUUUUUACUACCGGUUUCCAUGGUGAUAGAACAGUUUAUCAAGGUCGACCUAACCCAGAAAACUUAGCAAGUUGGACAAGGCUUACUACAGCUGGAAUUGUCAAACUGGAUGAGCAAGAAGCUAAACGUUUACCAAAUAAGACAGCUCAGGUUAGUGGUGAACCAGGAUCUUACAUAGCGUCACUGGAGAUGUUUCAUCAACUACACUGUUUGAACCAACUACGACUAGUUUAUUUUGACGAGACCAAGGACAUGUCUACUGAUGACAAAAUCAAAGUGGGCCUUCAUAUCGAUCAUUGUGUUGACUACCUCAGACAAGCUAUCAUGUGCCACGGUGACAUCGAGAUGAUCACGUUUGAUUGGGAUGAAAACAAAGAAUACUAUCCCCCGAACUAUAAUGUUGUCCAUCGAUGCCGGAAGUUUGAACCUAUUGAGCGAUGGGCUCUUGAUCGUCAGGUACAGGACCUAAUUCCAGGCUAG